AUGGAUGAAUUUGGUGCUGGAUGCCCAGUUGCUUAUUUCCUCAGUACACAUAUUGACACAAGGUCCGUGCAAGUUUUCUUUGAGCAGAUUAAAAAAUGUACAGGAAACAUCAAAACAAAGGUGUUCAUGUCUGAUGACUGUGACAGCUACUACAGUGCCUGGAGUAUAGUUGUGGGCCAUAGUGAACAUAGGUUAUCAUGUACCUGGCACGUUGAUCGGGCAUGGAGACGGAAUAUAUGUGCAAAAGUAAAUGGGAAUGCUAUGCUAAAGAGUACUGCAUACAAAGAUCUGAAAACUUUGCACUUACAGACAGAUAGAGAGACGUUCUCAGAGCUGCUGGAUGGCUUUCUUGCUUGGUGUGCAGAGGAGGAAGGAACUGGGGAGUUUGGCAAGUACUUUGCAUGGAGGGCACAUAUGUGGGCGUACAGCUACAGAAUUGGACUUGGCCAUAAUACAAAUAUGUUCUUAGAAGCAAACCACAAAACUCUUAAAUACUCAUACUUAUUAAAGAAAGUAAAUAACAGGGUAGAUAAAUGUAUCCAAGCCCUGUUGCACAGAACGAGGGACUCACUUUUUCAGAGAUUAAUAAGGCUUUAUAAGGGGACACAGAAAACUACACGCAGUGACGAAAUAAUUAAGAGUCACAGAAGAGGUUGUGGUAUCAAUAAAGAACUGAUACACUGCGUUGAAGAUGGCACAUGGCAUGUAUACACCCUUUCUGAUCGGCCCCCAUAUACUGUAAUUAUACAGAGAGCUCUUGUGCUGCAUGCCCAUUGUCCUGUCCUGAGUGCAAGUUAUGUGUGUUCUUGCACAGGAAGUUUGAUCAAGGGUAACCUCUGUGAACACACUCGUGCAGUGGAAAUCAGCAAAGGAACUGUAAAGCUCCCUAUGCAAGACAGGUUCUGCAGGGAAUCGUCUGUGCAGGAGUCAACACAAGUAGUUGCUCAGAAGACUUCAGCUGCUCGCAGCACUGUUGACUACCGAGCUGCUUUGGAAGACAGGCUGACUAUUGUGCAACAGUUAGCAAGGAGUGCUAACAGCGAAACUGCUGGCUCUCUCCUUGCAUCAUUUGAUAAAUUAAUUAAUCAAAUGAUGGCAGGCAUUGCAUCGCAAAAAGAACUCGUUGGCCCGCAUUUUCCAGUAACUUCAGCCCCACCAAAUGAGACAUGUAGGAUUCAGAGACAGUUCCAAUCAGUAAGGAAGGCUUGUGAAAAGAAGGAAAUUCAUUUGCAGCACCAUCCUGUGCAGAAAUUGAGACCAUUAUAA